AUGGGUGGCAUUUUACAGAAUAAGGCAACUGCCGACGGAGAGAGUCCGCAUCCAUUCGACCGCAAAGAAGUACUAGAAAAUACCAAACUCAACGCACAGCUUGGAUCCAUGGGCGACGAGGUCCGCCGGGAGCUCCAGGAGUCCCGGGCAAAGAGCCCUGGCGGCCACCCAAAAACCAAGUAUCCCAAGACAAAAGCGCCCCAGGCACUGCAUUGGGACGAGAAAAACAUCGAAGAGCAUGACGCUGAGCGGGGUCUGACCGAAAGAAUCACCGAGCCGAAAACGCCGUACCAAGGCACGGCCCAAGUUACCGAGUACUACGACGAGGACGACAUUCCCGCCGAGCUGGAUCUUGGCGAAGCCUACACGUCGGAAGGCCCUCCCGUUGAGAACUCUAGAAUCGUAACUGAUAACUCAUAG